AUGGAUAACAUACCUUCAAAUGAUUUUAUUUAUCCAUUUACUUUGAAUAUCAGAAACGGUAAAAGUAUUAAGAGAUCAUUGAGAAAAAACCAUUUUGAACAAUACAAAUGGCUGACAUAUUCUAACUUAAAAUCUGGUUUAUUCUGCAAAUAUUGUGUUUUAUUUAUUGUCAAAGGUGGUAAGUAUAACAAAAUAACUUUAAAAAAAUGUAUUACUAAAUUUUCAAAUCUAACUGGGAAAGAUGGAGACUUAGAGGUGCACAACAAUAAUAAGUAUCAUAUAAAUGCCAUACAAAUUGCUAAUGAUUUUUUGAAAACUCUUAUUAAUCCAAAAAAAGAUGUGAUUAAUUUAAUAAACAAUGAAAGAUUAUGUCAAGUUCUUGAAAAUCGAAAAAGACUAAUACCAAUAAUACAAUCCAUCUUAUUCCUUGGUCGCCAAAAUAUACCAUUUAGAGGGCAUCGUGAAGAAGGUAAUAUUUUAGAUAGCCAUUUCCAAAUCAUCAACAGUUCAAAGUAUAAGAAAUAG